AAAUGUCCGACAAACGCCGAAUACCGUGAAUGUUCAAAUAUUUGUCCACCGAAAAGCUGCCACAACUUCGAUAAGGUUUCGGCAUGCUUCUCCUUACGAUGUGGAGAGCCUAAAUGCGUUUGCAAAGAGGGACACGUUCAACUCUCCGCAGACAUUGAGCAAGGUUGUGUCCCCAGGGAGAUCUGUAUGAAAAUGAUGUCUCUCCAGAAAAACAUCGAUCAAAACAAACCAACAACGCAACAGCUAACUAACUAA